UGAUCAUCAUACGAUUCUGUCUUAAAUCGUCCCACCCGUAACCCCAUCGCCCCUUCCACUCCCGACACCACUUUCCUUCCGCGCAUCAGCUCACUCGAACAAUUCGACAUUUGCGACGCCGCGGGAGAAAGAGCGUGUGAGACUGGAGUGAGCCAGCAAGACGCCAAACAAACCGACCGACCGAGCGACCGACCGACGCUCACAUUGUGUGAAAGUCAAUCGUCGACACUAGUAUCGGACGAGCUGAGGGGAUCUCACUUUCGAAACCCCGAGACGCGGUCCAAGCUCCCUCACAGCGCCUGACCCGUCCCGGACCACCCACCCACCCAUCCAUCCAUCCAUCCAUCCAUCCAUUUGUUCAUCCACCUCACCCCUUACUACCAUUCAUCAUUGGCCCACCUUGUUCGCCAGAGGGAAGCCAAGAAACAGGGAAAAGGACAAAGUGUUGAGAGAAGACUCGGAAACGAAACCAAAACAGUGACAGAGGGAGGGAAAACCAGGUAGAGGCAACCCCACUCUAUUCGCGACUUCCUAGUCCUUGACGAAAGAAGCGAAACUCGGGCUUGAAAGUCAGAUCGCGCCUCAGGAAACAUCGAGGUUGCUGUUCGUCGUGGUCUUGAAGUUGAUGUAAAAGAAGAGUAUAGUGCUGCAUACUAUGCGUACUAUAGACUGACUUGCAGACCAACGACUGCCAUUGUCCAAGUCUGCAGUGCGCAGUGCGACAAAAAAGGAUAUUAUUCUCCAGUUGAGGUUGCUUUUUGCUGCAUAUUUUGGGCGGCACUGACAGCAAGCAAAGUUGCGGUGCAGUGCGUGCAGAUAGCGGAGCGGACCAGCACACGAAAGGGUCGCUUUUUCUUUUCUUUUCUUUUCAACGCAGCUUCAACGCACGUACUUGGUUGGCUUUGGUUUUGUCUCCAAUCAGGGAAAUUCACAAUCUCCAAUUCUGGAAGCAGGAACAGCCGCACUUUUCCCGCUCAGCAUCGCGAAUUGCAAAGGGGAAAAAAAUCGCAGAAAAGGGCAAAAAAAAAAACAAAAAAAAGAGGCGGAUAUUGCUCAUCAUUAUCGGCCAUUGCCGGAAACAACCCAAGAGACGGAGACGACAACCGAGCGCACGCGCCAACCCGCUUUGUUUCAUACCUUGCUUGCGCCUGGCUUGCUUGCCAAACACACCACGCAAGGACGGACGGACGGGACUCGGAAGGGCUCGAUUCACAUCCCGCCUGCAUGCAACAGCCCAUCACUGUACAAAUCCGUCUGAUCUGAGGGGGUCUCGGGGUACAGCAAGCAGAUCCAGCAUCAGCCAGCAUUACUACCGAAUACCAGCAUCUUAACGACCCAAAAUGGCCGAUCCCGAUGCUGACUCGCCCGGCCGCUUCCAGGGAGGUCUGGACAGCUUCGACAUCAGCACCCCGUUGCAGCUGGACGAGCCCACGCUCGCACGCCACGGCUCCCUGAACGCUAAUGUUAACGACGCGGUCACCAACUCCGAUCCCACCUCUAUUCCCUCCUCCCUGGCCGACACUUCGAGAGCCUCAACCGGUGGUGGGCCGACUCGGCAGUAUCCGAACCACUCCCCCCCGAUAGGCCAUCACCAGCAGCCCAAUGCCUACCAUGGUAACGGCAUCAGCCCUCAGCAGCAGUACCAACAGCAACAGCAGCAGCAGCAGCAGGCCUUUGAUUUUAACCAAGACAACAUCUCCAACUGGGACCUUCGGGACUCUCCUCCGUUUAAUUCCGGCCCUGACUUCAACAACUUUGGCCAGGUACCGCACGGGCUGAACAUUCCCCAGAGCUGGGACCUUCCUGUCCACUUUAGCAUCAACUCUCAGGGACUCCAACAACAGGGGCAACCGGGACAGCAACAGCAAGGCCAGUUCUAUCCCGACACGACCGGUGCUGGCAUCGAUCCCGGCAUCUAUGCCGCUGCCCUUUCCAUUCCUUCGCCACAGCAACAAUCGGCCGAGCCCAUCUCCGUUCGCACCAACAUCAACCCCAACAUCCGCCACAAGCUGACUCCAGCCCAGCAAGAGAGGCUCAAGACCAUCGCCAUGCCGCCUCAUCUCCAGUACCACUCGCCCAAGAGCGCCGGCAGUCCCGAUUCCAACGCCAGCAUGGGCCACGACAAGGGUUCCGCAUCCUCACCAGACGGCCUCGAGCCGUCGAAGCCAAAUAGCAGAAAACGAAAGUCAUCGGACGAGGUCGACGAGGAUGACGAUGACGAUGAUUUGGAUGGACACCAACCAGUAAAGAAGACGGCGCACAACAUGAUCGAGAAGAGGUAUAGGACGAAUUUGAAUGACAAGAUCGCCGCGCUGAGGGACAGCGUGCCUGCCUUGAGAAUUAUGUCAAAGAGUGCUAGGGGAGAAGAUACAACCGAAGACAGGGAGGAACUUCAUGGAUUGACUCCGGCGCACAAGCUAAAUAAAGCUACGGUUUUGAGCAAAGCUACGGAAUACAUUCGGCAUUUGGAGAAGCGAAAUAACCGCUUGAUUGAGGAGAACAACAGCAUGCAUGCGCGAAUCGCUGCAUUCGAGAAGCUUUUCAUGGCCGGUGCCAUGACCGGCAUGACUAACCCUAUGCAAGCCCCGCCCACGCCCAUUCAAUACCCUCAGGACGUCGCAGCCUUCAUGAGCACCCCGAUGCAGACGCCUCGGGGUCCAGAUCCUCCGGGGCUAAUCCCGAUACCGGACGACAUGAAGCGCAUCUUGUCGGCUCAACAGAUGAACGCUGGACGACCGUAUCCGGUGGGCCCACCGGCCAUACAGCCAGGAUUCGUAGCCAAUCCGGGCGUCAUUCGCAGACAGCAAAUACAACAGCAGCAGCAGCAACACCAGAUGCAAGGGCGGUGGAAUCCUUAUCUCGGAAAGAUGAUGGUGGGCUCGCUGGCCGGACUGAUGCUCGUCGAGGCAGCCAUGGAGCAAGAAGCCAGCAACGAAACGACCGAGGGACGAGGUCUCUACGCUCUGCCGCUACAGCUUAUCGGAUCCUUUAUUCGCUCAUCGCACCUCAGCGUUGGGGGAUAUUACAUUUCGGCCAUUGAUAUCAUUGCCAAGCUCAAGCUUCUUUUGCUUGGUGCUCUUCUCGUUUGGACAAUUUUUCCCCAAAGCUUUUUCGACGCGCCCAAGUCGGAGAAGCCAAAAGGCCCCACUUCUGCGGUUCAGGCCGUGCCCUCGCUUGCCUCGCCAAUUCACGUUAGGAGACAAGCCUGGCUCACGGCUAUCCAAACGGUUUGGGUGCCACGACACAAUUUCUUGCUCGAAGCUACUGCGUUGUUGCUCAAGACGCUAAAGUUUACCCUUCGCAAUGUGUUUGGUGUAGGGACUUAUCUGUGGAUGACGGGACUUAGCGAGGAACAAGAGGCCGCUCGUGUCAAGGCCUGGACCAUUGCGUUGGAUGCCCAGCUUGCCGGCGGCGAUGUCGAGAUCAAUAGGAGCCGUCUCACUCUCACGCUGCUCGCUUCGGGCACCCUCCCCGACACUCCCCAUCGUUUGAUGCUCAAGGCACUUCACACUCGGGUCUUGCUUUGGCAGUUGAGCAGCAAAUUUUCGCUUGCUAACCUUCCUGCGGCCAAGAUUGCGAGGUCGAGAUGGAACGAGGCCAGACAGCUGAACAUGAUCCUGCAGCGAACAUCCACUAGCCCUGAAGAUGUCCUCCCGGAGCAUCUUGCCACCCUUCUCGAGCAGGACUGUGAUGACGUUCUCAACAAUAGCAUCGUGCAGAGAGCGCACAACCUCGCCUUCAACCGCCCCACGGCCUUCAACCUGGUAGACCUAACUGACGGCAUGAACAUCGUCGUCGAAGACCCCGCCGUUCGUUCGCCAAUGGACGCCGUCGCCGCGUGGUACUCAAGCUCCAUCCUCCAGCGCGUCCUCCUCACCAGCCUCGCCAGAGCCCAAGACGGCAUCACCGACGCCACUCAGGAAAUCAUUGACGAAAUUGCCCUCGCUGCCAAGAUUGCACCCAUCGGUUCCAACGCCUACCUACGUGCCCUUGUGGCCCGCGCCGUCCUCGUCUCCGAGAAGCGCGGCGGUAGCAUCGCCGCCGCUCUCAAGGCCUCCGACCCCUCCCUCAACCCGGACAAGCACCCCGAGUAUGGCCGUGGCGUUCCCCCGCUUAUCGACUCCCCCAUGGCUCAGAUUGUUCCCGAUCACGAUGCCCUCAUGGCCCUCCAAUACGCCAUGCGCAUCGCCCAUCUCCAAAAGUUCCCCGACCCGCCGAAGCAAGCGAUCGCGUUCCUCAACUCGAUCCUUCCCGGUGGAACGGACCAGCCCAAGCACGAGGGUAUGUCGCUUCUGGCGUUUACGGCGGCUUACUGCCUAAUGGAGUUGCUCGAGAGGCACACGGUCUGCAGGGAGCAGUGCUCCGGUGCGCUGGAACGCUUGGCAGGCGCGCUGAGGAGAUGGGUCGGAAGUCCGCAGGGGGAGCAGGUCGGUCUAGAUGGAAAGAUGAGGCAGAGGAUGACUGACAGGUGUUCGUCGAUUAUCAAGUCGGUGAUAGGUAUGGAGAAUGAUCCGGGGUAUGGGAGCAUGAGUGAUUGUGAGGAAAAUGAGGAAGGAGGGUGUUAACUUCAGGUGAUGCCCUCCUGUGAUUGAUUUGUUUUUCCCCCAAAGUUAUUGGCUUAUAUAUCUGUCUGCCUGGGUUUUUGGCAUGGUCUCAUUACGACUUCAGUUUUUGGCGGUCAUCUCAUCUUUUUUCACAUCUGCUCUUAGCAAAGUUGAGAACAUGCGCGAAUCUGAUUGAUUUCGUCUCUUUGUUUCUGUCAUUGAAUUUGCUGUCAUCUGGCCCCUUGAACAUCGCUACUCCACUUCAUCCCUUUUUUGCCUGUCCAUGUCUUUUUAUAUCUUCUAUUUUUCUUUUUUUCCCCUUCUGUACCGUCAUACUAAACGAAUCAUGGAGGACCGGGUGGAGGAAAAGCUUUCAAAAAGAAAUCUCACCCUUGAGGUAAUUUAAUGGUGGGCGGCGCGGCUGUUGGAUUUUUGACUCUGUCGUCAUGGCUCGCAAAGGUGUAUUCCAUCCCAGUGUGUGGCGGCAGUCAGUCAGCUUUUUGCACGAAUACGAAGUUUUAGAAGAAGCAAGGGGAGCUGUGCUGGCUGUUGUCUGAGCAUACAUUGGUAUUGAUACCCUAAACGCUACGUUUACGUUUUCAACCCGGGAGUUUCUUUAUUUGCUUUUUCUUCUUUUUCAAUUUUGUCUCUAAAAAGUUCUGCAAGCGCUGGGAAGAAUGGGAAGAAUGGGGGAAAGCGCCGGAGUUUUGUGUAUAUGCUUUCAGGUACUUAUAUUGCUACGGUCGGUACUAGUUUAGGGAAUGCAAGGCAAGGGAAGGGAAGGGAAGGUGUCAAGGAGAGGGAAGGGAAAACUUAGGUUGGUAAAGGGUCUUGUUGUUUUUAGAUUCUUUUUUUUUUCACGAAAAUGAUAUUGAGAAUUGUCUUGCA